GUUAUGACUUAGACUUAGACUUAUGAUGAGCAGCAGUAGCAGUAGUAGUGAGUGUCAUGUUGAGAGUUGGUGUAACUAGCUGUUUGUUGUUGUGAGAAAACUGUGAUAAACCAAUAACCUCAUGCUUUUGUUUUUGCCAAUGACAAAGGAAAGAAAAUGUAAUUAUCAAGUUUAAAAUAACAAGAUAACGCUCUUGAAGUACACAACAUUGUAUACCCACAAUGACUGAUCAAGGCUUUUCAAGUGAUUUUUUUAUCGACUCAAACUUUGCCAUGAAGCCGGAGCCAGACUCAUUGGGUUUGGAUUCAUUAUUACACACUGCAAGUGUACCUAUUCCAACAAGAAGGGCUAUGGAUAUGUCCGAACUAAGAGAUUUUGAAUUGGAGGCCAAUAAUAGAUCAUCAAGCAGUAACAUGGAUAUGUUUCAAGAAAUUAACUCACCUAAUCCUAUUAUAUACUCCGGAAAUGCACUCUGGGGGACUAAAAUAGCAGGACCUGAUUCAGAUCCCAUAAAAAUGGAAGAUGAUGAUAUUUUCCAAGUAGAUAAGUCAGAUCUGAUUCAAGGACCUACACUCGCUGAGCUCAAUGCCAAUGAUGAAACUCUUGGACUAAAUGAUUUGGACGAUUUGAAUUUUGAUGAACUCCUUUUGCCAGAUGAAAAUGUGUACAAUCAAAUACCUCAACAGCCAUUGAGUACAAGAGUCAGCCCUUCUUUGUUGGUAACCAAUUCAACACCGACAGUUAUGGGACAGAAUUGUGCCUCUUCUUUUCCUCCUGAUGGAAUAGGAUUUUAUAAAGAUUCAUUUUCAUCCAGUGUACCUUCCAAUCCAUUUAGUUGUACACCCAUUUACCAGAAGAACUUAUCUCCUUCUAGUCACCACAGUUCUAGCUCAUCACUUCAGGUCCAUUCAGCUCCGUCGUCGGGCACCCCUCCUCCCAAGCCCAUCAGUCCUCUACAGCAUAAACACAGUACUUUGCACGAAUUGUUGAUGAAGAAGGAAAUGAGUUCCCCUCUAGGCCAGUCUGUCCCAGGGCCAUCAUCUAGUAUGGGAGGAGUGAUUCGCAACCCAAGGUAUUCACAGUCUCGCCUCUCCUCCUCUGCUCCCACUCACCUCGGUCUUGAGCAGAUCUGGCAACGCAGAGAACCUCGUCCUCACCUGUUGUCUACUAGCUCCUUGGCGGAGGGUGGCUCUACGUCAUCACUUUCUACUGGUGGCGUAUUGAGUCCUGAAUCUCAUGACUUUUCACUUGAUGAAAGUUUCGACUCUGAAGACGACAGCGAUCAUUAUGAUGAAUUUUCAUCAGACGCAGAGUCAAUGAGCGAUGGUGAAUCAGUGCCUCGAUCUCACUCCAAGAAGGAAAGGUAUUUUUGGCAGUACAAUGUGCAGGCCAAGGGACCGAAGGGCCAGCGUCUGGUGCUCACAUCUCGUCUAGAGGAUCCUCAUUGUCUUAACCAGAUCACAGACCCUGUCUUUAGUCCUCAGUGUUCCGUUCAGGGGAUAAAACACAGUGGAAAGGCACGAAAAGGAGAUGGUAACGAUUUGACUCCUAACCCUCGAAAACUUCAAGCAAUUGGCAGAGAGUUAGAUAAACUCACACGGACUAUAAAUGACAUGACUCCAGUCAGUGAGCUACCAUUUAAUGUUCGACCCAAAAGUAGAAAGGAAAAAAAUAAACUGGCAUCAAGGGCUUGUAGAUUAAAGAAGAAAGCCCAACACGAAGCCAACAAAAUAAAACUUCAUGGUCUUGAAACUGAGCACAAGCGAUUACUGACGGGAAUUCAUCAAAUGAAGCAAGUACUAGUGGCGAGGUGUGUCAAUGAGCAAGCUGACCCCACGGAACUGGCCAAGACCUCUGAAAAAAUUGUUAAAGCUGCUACAAAAGUGAAGGUGGCUGGACACACAACAGAGUUUGUCAACAAAGUAUUGGACAAAGUGAAGCAAGGCACAGCCAAUGGAGGUUUGGAUGACCUUUAAAGGAUUUAUUUAUACACUUAUUUUUCAUUAUGAUUAUGAAUUAAUUGUUAUUUUAAGUUAAAUAUUUGUAAUGGUUUUUUCAGGAAAAUAGAUCUUACAUAUAGAUAUCUAUAUAUUUUUAUGGAAUACUUGUUGAUUUUUGGUUGUUUUACAUUUGUAUUGUAAAACAAAAUUAUUUAUGCCUAGAUAUUGACGUGUACAAAAUUUCAAGGUUUUGUAUAUAAUUUACAAACAGAUUUUUUUUCAUACAUUGUAAUUUCUGUAGAGAAAUCGUUUCAUAUCACAAGUUAUUCUGAGAGCAACUUACAAUAAAAAGGAUCAAAAUUUAAUCAUUUUAAAACUUAAAAUUUGUACCUUUUUUAAUGUUCAUGACCAAGUGCUCAUUAUUUGAGAGAUGAUGCAAAGGUUAAAUGCUUCUUUUAAAAUUUAUAUUCUUCAAAUAUUCAUUAUAGUCAACACAUUAUUCAAUUCAAUAAGUUUUAACUUGGAUUACUUACGCUGAUUUAAUACAAUUAUUUGUGGGAUUGUAUAGGUUGCCUUGUGGUAUUUAACGAUUUCAUGUGUAUGCCUUUAGUUCCUUGCCUUUUUAACUUUCUGUGAUGGUUUUCGUGAAUAUAAAUAAUCCCUAUGUUAAAUGUUUGUGUGUUUGGGUGUUCAUUGUUUGCUUAUGAGUGUGUUGUUCUACUGUGCAAGUGUAAACAUUCACUAAGGAUACUAAAACAAACUUCUCAUGCAUACCUGAUGUUUGAUACCUACUGUGACUCCCCUUACACUUACAUAAGGAUUGCCCAUCCUUUGGCACUCUACUUUAAUUAGUAAUCAAUGCAAACAUUAGUGUUAUUGGAAGAGAUGAGAUAACACAUUCCCAUCAGAUCUUAUAAAACAAUAUAAAUCUUUCUUUGGUAUCCUUAGUCAAUGAUAUAACAAUUACAGUACUCUAAGAUAUUCACCUCAAUUGAGUUGUGUUGAUGUUUUUUAUGUCUUGACCAAAAGCUGAAAGCAUUUGUACAAUAUUAUGAUAUAAUUACUUUUAGUUAUAAGUUAAAAUAUUGCAUAGUUUUAGUUGGAUAGUUAAUCUUUAAAACAAAUUAUACUUAUUAUAAUAUUAGUCCUGUAAUUUUUUAAUAAUUGUUGUAAUUUUUUCUUGAUGUAUUUACGUACAAUAUAACUCUUAUUGAAUGCUACAUAACUCACAAUGUGUAAUAAUUACACAAUUUAUAAAAAGUAAAUUUACAGUCUGUAAUAAUUGAAAAUGCAUUUCAUCCUUUAAAAAUACUGUAUACAAAAUGUAAAGACAGGGCAGCUAUUGGGAAGGAAACGCCAACGGAAACGGAUUUUGUGGUUUCAGUUGUAAUUAAAUAACCUAAAUAUCCCCAUAAACUCAACCUAUGCCGACCUUUUAUUAUUACCUUGAGAUGUUAUAUUUACAUAAAAAGUAUUUUUGUUUCCUAACUUUGUUUUUCAAAUACCCUAUGAAAAAAAUACAGUUCAUCACACAAAAAGUGUCUUUUCAACCCUCCCUCAUUUCCCGAUUUCAGAUUCGCUCGGUCAUUAAACAGCUCGGUUCAAAAAGAGUCACUUUACACCAUAGUGAUGAAAUAUACUUUAUUUCACAUAAUUUUUGCUGUUAUUCCCAAAUAGGUUUAAUUUUAAUUCUUUUCAGUCAUUAUAUAAAACUGAUAGAUAGUAAAGCCUUAAUCAAAGCAUUUUACUAUGUGUUGUAUGUAAUAGAAUAUAUUUUAAAGAUUGCUUUGAGAACAAUUCAAGAUUGCAUUGUGGUAGGUGCUGUAACUAGCCGAAUGACUAACCUGUUUGAGAUAUGGAAGAGCCUUAAAUCAAUAAGAGCACAAUAUUUGUAACAUAAAUACAGUUUUAAAUGCACUUAAAACUACAGUUGUUAUAUUUUUCAAAACCUUGCUAUUUGCUUUGUUAGUUUUAGCAUAGACAAAAAGAACUAAGUAUAGGCAGUCAGCAGUGCUGCGGUUAGUGUAAGUUCUGGCGUU